GAAAUAAUUUUAUCUCUUUUAAGUGUCGUAAAUAAAAUAUUUUAGGUUAUCUAAUACUAGUAUUAAUUUUGAAUGAUAUAUCUACAAUGCAAAAAGACAUGGGUGCGGCGAAUAAAAAUUCAAAAUUCCAACAAUUUUGUACAGGCAACACAUGCAGUUUUAUACUUGUAGUGGUCAUUGCAGCAGCUAUUGCGCUUUCUUGUGUUAUAAUUUUUACGGACAAAGAUCUACGGGAAAAGCGUCAGUAUGAUCCCUCAGAUCUGGAAUGGUGGAAAAAGACCAUUGUUUACCAAAUUUAUCCGAGAUCUUUCAAAGAUUCUGGUUCUGAUGGAAUAGGUGAUAUAAAAGGUAUAACCAGUAAGUUAGACUACUUAGUUUAUCUUGGCGUGGGAGCAAUAUGGAUCAGUCCUUUCUAUAAGUCUCCAAUGCGGGAUUUCGGAUAUGAUGUUGCAAAUUAUACAGAAAUUGACCCAAUGUUCGGAUCAAUGGUGGACUUUGAUGAACUCGUGAAUGAAACUAAGAAAAGAGAUAUAAAAGUUAUUUUGGAUUUUGUUCCAAACCAUACCAGUAAUGAAAGCAAAUGGUUUAUAGAAUCUAGAAAGAUGAACCCAGAAUAUAAGGACUACUACGUAUGGGCUGAUGGUAAACGAAAGGGACAAACAUAUGAACCACCGAACAACUGGAUAAGUGUAUUUGGAGGUUCAGCAUGGAAAUUUGAUCGUGACUAUAGAUACCAGUACUACUACCAUGCCUUUCUGGACUCACAGCCAGAUCUUAAUCUCAGGAACCCAAAAGUUAGAAAAGAACUAGAAAAUGCGUUGAAAUUUUGGUUAGAUAAAGGAGUAGCAGGUUUUAGGGUGGAUGCUUUCAAGAUGGCAUUUGAAGUUAAAAAUAUAUCUCUGAAUGAAGAUUUGCCUAAAUUAAAACAAGGGGAGAAAUCAGUAUUCACAGAUGAACAAAAUCACAGUUAUACCACUAACUUACCAGAAAUCUAUGGCGUGAUAAGUGAUUGGAGGAAAAUGUUUGAGAAGUACAAAGAAAAAGAUGGUGUAUCAAGGUUUAUGACUACCGAAUCAUAUGGCUUAUCAUCAGACAUGGUAAACAAAUACUAUGAAGCAGGAUCGCUUCCAUUUAACUUUGAUCUGAUAAUGAAAGUGAACAGUUCUUGUGAUGGUCUCUGUUUUAAGGCAAUAAUUGAAGGUGCACUAGAGAGCCUACCGUCAGAUGCAUGGCCAAAUUUUGUGAUGGGUAACCAUGAUAGACCAAGAGUAGCCGAUCGCAUGGGCACAGACAUGAUUGAUGUUAUGAAUAUGCUACUUUUGACGUUACCAGGGACACCUACAUGUUACUAUGGUGAUGAACUAGGAAUGGGAGACGUGUAUUAUACAUUUGAUGAAACUCAGGACCCUUAUGGAAGAAACUACGGACCAAGUGGAUACACAAGGUUUAGUCGCGAUCCAGAACGCUCACCAAUGCUGUGGGAUACAUCUAUUCAAGCUGGUUUUACUACAGGAACUCCAUGGCUUCGUGUUCAUCCUUUACAUAGUCGAACAAAUGUGAAGGUUGAACGAUACACCAAUAGAAAUACUCAUAUAAAAGUCUACAAGAAAGUGUCAGACAUACGAAAGCUGCCAUCAUUUCAAAACCCAAAUAUUCAGUUUUCAUACACAGACGACAACUUUCUGUCUUAUAUCAGAACAGCAGAAGGGCGUCCUAAAUAUCUUGUUAUACUGAAUGUUGAUGCAGCAAGUAAGAUAGGAUCAAUUGCAGACUUUAGCAAGGAACCAGUUUCAUCGACAAGAGGAGAAGUUGUCGCCAUGACGGGAACAGUUGACUUGGCAUUUGGUAGUGUUAUCGAUUUAACACAGAUUAAAUUACAAAGAGGACAGGGGCUUGUUGUUAAAGUACAUCACUAUUUUAUUUUAUUGGUGAUAAUUGCAGCAGCUAUUGCUGCGUCCUGUGUUAUUAUAUUUACCGACAAGGAGUUAAGGUCCAAACGGCAAUAUGAUCCGUCAGAUUUGGAAUGGUGGAAGAAAACAAUAGUAUACCAAAUAUAUCCUAGAUCAUUCAAAGAUUCUAAUGGAGAUGGCAUAGGGGAUCUAAAAGGGAUAACUAGCAAGUUAGACCACCUAACAUAUCUGGGUGUAGGGGCCAUAUGGAUAAGUCCGUUCUACAAGUCACCCAUGCGAGACUAUGGUUACGAUGUCCAGAACUAUGUAGAAAUAGACCCAAUGUUUGGCACAAUGGCAGAUUUUGAUGAACUCAUGAAAGAGGCAAGAAAAAAAGAUAUAAAAGUUAUAUUAGAUUUUGUGCCAAAUCAUACGAGUAAUGAUAGUGAAUGGUUUCAGAAAUCCAGACAAAUGGAUACGGAAUAUAAGGAUUAUUAUGUAUGGAGCGAUGGAAAAUUUAAUAAACAAACACGCAAAUAUCAGCCUCCUAAUAACUGGCUUAGUGUAUUUGGAGGUUCUGCAUGGACAUACGAUGUCCAACGCAGCCAGUAUUACUACCACGCUUUCUUAGAGACACAGCCUGACCUUAAUUACAGAAAUCACAAGGUUUUGAAAGAAUUAAAAAAUGCCAUGAUAUUUUGGUUAAAUAAAGGAGUGUCAGGUUUCAGAUUAGAUGCAUUCAAAUUUGCAUUCGAGGCAAAGAAUCUAUCCUUGGACGAAGAUUUACCGCAAGUCAAUUCUAAUGAAAUUGCCAAGUGGUCAGAUGAGCAACCUCACAACUACACCAAUAACUUACCAGAACUUUAUCCAAUCAUAAAAGACUGGAGGAAAAUGUUUGAGACGUACAAAGAAAAAGACACUAUUUCCAGGUUUAUGUCGGUCGAGUCCACGGGUAUAACACAGGCUAUUCGAGAUAAAUAUUACCAAGCCGGGUCAGUACCAUUCAACUUUGACCUCAUAACCAGUCUGAAAAGAACCUGCAAUGGUUUAUGUUUUAAACAAAUAAUUGAACGAGGCAUGAAAGAUCUUUCCGAAGCUGCUUGGCCAAAUUUUGUGAUGGGAAACCAUGACAACCACCGGGUAGCCAGUCGAAUGGGCCUUGACAUGAUUGACGUGAUGAACAUGCUACUGUUGACGUUACCAGGGACACCGACAUGUUACUAUGGUGAUGAAAUAGGGAUGGUCGAUGUUAAUUAUACAUUAUCAGAAUCCAAGGACCCUGCUGGAUUAAAUUUCGGAAAGGAUUUCUGGAAAUAUAGUAGAGACCCUGAAAGAUCCCCAAUGCAAUGGGACAACACCACAAACGUUGGUUUUUCCAGUGGUAACCCUUGGCUCAGAGUCAGUCCAGAUUCUUCUUCUAAAAAUGUAAAGAUGCAGAAAGAAUCGAAAAGAAAUACUCAUAUUCAGGUUUUCAAAAAAGUAGCAGAAAUUAGAAAGCUUCCUUCUUUCCAACAUGCUGAAAUCCAGUUUUCAGUAGCAAAUGAAAACUUUUUAUCAUAUGUAAGACAAGCUGAAGGACGUCCAAAAUACUUAGUAAUAAUGCAUGUAGGGCAAGAUAAAAAUGCUGUGUCAGCGGAUUUCACCAAGGAACCAGUCGGGUCGUCGAGAGGUCAAGUUGUUGCCAUGACAGGGACAGUAGACAUCGCUUUGAACUCGAUAUUAAACCUAAAAGAAGUGUCCUUGAAAAGAGGUCAAGGACUUGUAAUUAGAGUUUAUCACUGAUGAGACAUAACAAUUUCUAAAACGUAAUUCGUUAGUUCAACGAAGAGUGAACAUCAUACCGAAUAAUGU